GAGCGAUAGGGAGAGCAGGGACAAUAGCGCAGCGCUCCACUCAUUUUCUUCCCCCUUUCCCUUCCAACCCCGGGAGCUCAUGGGGACAGGCAAGAUCUAGACAUAGCGAAAGAGAGGGAGAUAGAGAUAGACAGAGAAAGACGGAGAGAGAGAGAGAAAGAGAGAGUGUGACAUGCCCUGUCACGCUAGUGUCGACUGCUCCCGUGCCGACCGUCUUCCCUGUGUGUCAGGAAAAGGAAUGUUUUCCGGAGAGAUGAAUCCCUGAACCCGUUCACCAUGAGGAUGUGGGACAGCGAUUUCCAGAUCCUCGCCGGAAGAAUCCCUCGGAAAAAAGAGCAGCCGCCUGAGAAGCUAGUAGCUGAUCCUGUGUGGACUCCUGGGUCACAGUGCUGAGGACUCUCUUCCAUUCACACCGCUGAAGCAUUACAGCACUGCUUUCUUGUUUUGCUCGUUGUCAUAUUUGGUGGAUUUUGUUAAUAGUUGUGUUUACCCUGCAUUUUUUUUGAGGAUUCGUUAUGCUCCAAACUGCUUUUGUUAAUCCAAGCUGGGGUGGCCUUGCAUUAUGUAGUCCAUUCAUAUUCCAGCUGCUGACAACAUGACUCCAUAAAGGCUGACUUUGUGCCCAACACUGGAAUGACUGAGUGGAUCUCCAGUGCCAUUACUAUGGUAUAGAGUACAGAGCAGGCUAAGGGGCAGGCAUGAUGUUGUUUUGGGAGUGGUCACAGUGUGUGGAGGGCAGUGUGUGUAGAUAGUCUUAAAGGUUAGAGGGAAGAUUCAUCACGCGGCUUCAUGAAGCCUGGACUCUGCCACGGGGCGCGGGAGAGGACUAUGAUGCACCUCAGCAACUUCCCUUUCAGGAGGCACUCAUGGAUUUGUUUCGAUGUGGACAACGGCACAUCGUCGGGGCGCAGCCCGCUGGACCCCAUGGCCAGCCCGGGGUCUGGGCUCAUACUGCAGGGCAACUUUGUCCACAGUCAGCGGCGAGAGUCCUUCCUCUACCGCUCUGACUCGGACUACGAACUGUCGCCCAAGUCCAUGUCCAGAAACUCCUCCAUCGCCAGCGACAUUCAUGGCGACGAUAUGAUUGUAACACCAUUUGCACAGGUUCUAGCCAGUCUAAGAACUGUGCGGAAUAAUUUUGCCGCAUUAACCAAUUGUACACAAGACAGAGUGUCCAACAAGAGAUCACCCAUGUGUAAUCCACCUCCCAUCACCAAGACCUCAUUCACAGAGGAGGCCUAUCAGAAACUGGCCACUGAGACGCUGGAGGAGCUAGACUGGUGCCUGGACCAGCUGGAGACCUUGCAGACCAGACACUCAGUCGGCGAGAUGGCCUCCAACAAGUUCAAGAGAAUGUUGAACAGGGAGCUCAGCCACCUGUCUGAGAUGAGCCGCUCUGGGAACCAGGUGUCGGAGUUCAUCUCCAGUACCUUCCUGGACAAGCAGCACGAGGUGGAGAUGCCAACUCCGCAGACGCAGAAGGAGAAGGAAGACAAGAAGAACAGGCCCAUGUGUCAGAUCAGUGGGGUGAAGAAACUGCAGCACAGUUCCAGCCUCACCAACUCAAACAUACCCCGCUUCGGAGUCAAGACAGAGACAGAAGACGAACUGGCUAAGGAGCUGGAGGAUGUAAAUAAAUGGGGCCUUAAUGUUUUCAAAGUCACUGAGUUCUCUGGGAACAGGCCCCUGACCGUCAUGAUGCACACUAUAUUCCAGGAGAGAGACUUGUUAAAAACGUUCAAAAUUCCACUUGACACCUUUAUAACAUACCUGAUGACCUUAGAAGACCAUUACCAUGGCGACGUGGCCUACCACAACAACAUCCAUGCUGCUGAUGUCACCCAGUCCACUCACGUGCUGCUAUCCACCCCCGCUCUAGAGGCUGUGUUCACCGACCUGGAGAUCCUAGCUGCCAUAUUCGCCAGUGCUAUUCAUGAUGUUGACCACCCUGGAGUCUCCAACCAGUUCCUCAUCAACACUAACUCAGAGCUGGCCCUCAUGUACAAUGACUCGUCAGUCCUGGAGAACCACCACCUGGCUGUGGGCUUCAAGCUGCUUCAGGAAGAGAACUGUGACAUCUUCCAGAACCUGACCAAAAAACAACGACAAUCACUGCGCAAGAUGGUCAUCGACAUUGUCCUAGCGACUGACAUGUCCAAACACAUGAACUUGCUGGCUGACCUAAAGACUAUGGUGGAGACCAAGAAGGUGACCAGCUCUGGAGUUCUACUCCUGGACAACUACUCUGACAGGAUACAGGUACUGCAGAACAUGGUGCACUGUGCAGACCUGAGUAACCCCACUAAGCCCUUGCAGCUGUACCGCCAGUGGACCGAUCGCAUCAUGGAAGAGUUCUUCACCCAGGGGGACAGAGAGAGGGAGAGAGGCAUGGAGAUCAGCCCUAUGUGUGACAAACACAAUGCCUCAGUUGAGAAAAGCCAGGUAGGCUUCAUAGACUACAUUGUCCACCCUCUAUGGGAGACGUGGGCAGACCUGGUGCACCCGGACGCCCAGGACAUCCUGGACACUCUGGAGGACAACAGGGAGUGGUACCAGAGCACCAUACCCCAGAGCCCCUCACCUACCCUGGACGAGCCUGAGGAUAUUAGCCGCCCCCUUGGAGGGGACAAGUUCCAGUUUGAACUCACCCUGGAGGAGGACGGGGAGUCGGACACGGAGAAGGACAGUGGCAGCCAACCCGAGGAGGAGGAUGAAGAAGAGAAUAGUUGUAGUGACUCGAAAACACUCUGUACGCAGGACUCUGAGUCGACAGAGAUACCACUGGACGAACAGGUGGGGGAGGAUGACGAGGUGGAAGUGGAAGGAGAAUCCUCUUCAUCGCAACCAUCUGUAGUCGAAGAGGAAGAGGAGGGGCAGGAUGAUCAGAAGAAGGGAGAGGAGAAAGCAGCCGAUACAUAGCAGUGUAUGGACGGCAACUAAACUGUUCUUCUUAGUAACCAGAGAUGAUUAUUUAUAGAGUAUUUUGGGGUUUUGUGGAGUGUCUGUCUGUUUUUUUAAUAUAUAUAUAUGUUUAUGGUUCCAAAGCGGACGCUGCUCUUCACCCCUUGGUCCCUCCUCUCUCCUCAUCCUAUUGGUCAGCUUCUUAGACACGCUCACUGGUACUUCUACAAGUUUUUUGCACUCAGGAAAACCCUUUUCCAUUCACAUUUGUACUGGAGUUGUCUGUGUGUUAUUUAACUUUAAACCCUGUCCUACUGUGUUGAAGUUACAUUAAGGAUUUUGAUCAGCCGUUUAGAGUGUGUUUAAUGCUGUUUAUAUACAGUAUAUCUCCUCCUUUCAGCCUUGCCUGACUGAUGGCAGUGUUUAUGUGUGUUAUUAAGUGCCGUUCUGCAGAAGUUGCUAUAGUAUAUUUUUUUCUUAGUUCUUUGUACUCCUCAGCAAAGCCAGUGAAACAAUGUGCUAAGUUGCUCUGUGGUCUGGAUGAAUGAAAGCCCAACAGGACACGUCACCAUGCAGAGAGGAGCUGCAGCACAUGGAGAGAAAUGCAUUGUGGGAAUUUAUCAAGACACUUUUCUGAAGUUGAAGUCUUCCUUGAAAACCUGACUGAAAAAAAGGCUAAGAUCUUACUAAUGCUAGGUUUGACCUCUAGAGUUUUUGUAUCAUAAUGUACGUAUCUUUUUUAGGUUUUACUUUUGCUAUCCUAGGUUUUACUUUUGUUAACAAAAGAAAAAGAGAAGUGACUUGAAAGUCAAGUGAAAUCUGUUGAUGAGAAUACCUAGUCUGCCACUGCUUUUCUGUGUGUAAAAGGGUCAUUUUCUAGUUAUUGUAUUUGGGUUAGUAUUGGGGAAUAUUUGCACUCCUUUAAAUAUAUCCAACCUAGCCUCAGGGCAAUUCGUAGCAUCUGGGACAGACAUUUACCCCUUCCAUUUAGUAUCAUAUGUUACAUUACAAAUGGAAUAGUGAUUGUACAAUAUUAUACAAAUUGGAGGAUGUGUAGUAUCACCUGGUCGAACAAUAUCAUACAAAUUGUAUUAAGUAAGUUAUCGUAUGUCUC